AAACUUAUUAAAUAGACUGCGAUGUCUCAAUUUAAGAAAACAUUUGAUGGAACCAAACUGAAGACAAACCUGAAGCUGGCGAUAAAUCGACUCAAGCUUUUGGAGAAAAAGAAAACGGAGCAAAAUCUGAAGGCAAGAAAAGAGAUUUCAGAGUAUUUAGUUGCGUGUAAAAAUGACAGAGCUCGUGUGAGGGUGGAACAGAUAAUCCGAGAGGACUACUUGGUGGAGGCGCUGGAGAUGGUGGAGAUGAACUGUGAUCUACUUCUGGGAAGAAUCGGAAUCAUGGAAACAUGCUCCAACGAAGUGGUGCCUAUGGACCUGGAAGAGUGUUUGUCCAACAUUCUGUUCGCCGCGCCCAGAAUCUACCAGGAUAUCAACGAGAUGUCGGAGAUAUCGAAGCAGCUGCAGAGGAAAUUCAAAAAGGAAGCCUUUGCCCAGCUGCAGCAGAACUCCACGCGGAAAGCCAACCCGAAACUGGUCAACAGGCUCGACAUCAGACCCCCUGCAAAGUCCUUGGUUGAAGCUUACUUGGUGGAGAUAGCCGAGUCACACAAAGUUGACUUCAAACCAGACCCGCAUGCGCUGGAUGGUUCGGUGGAUCAACUCUCAUCGGCUGAUUUUCAAGCUAAUCAAAAUGGAGAUCUCAUAAACUUCGGACCCCAAGAUCACCAGCAACAGCCUUACCCUCACUCUAAUGGAGCCCCACCCAAGUCUGGACCCGGGUACCCUUCUAAUCCACAGUUUCCGAAUGCCCCUCAAAUGAACCCUAACUACCCGUCAUCUGCUGCAUCCCAACAGCAGCCUCCAAUGCCGAACCCAUACAAUAACCCGCCCAACCCCUACAAUGCCCCUCCCUCGGAUCCCAGUGCAAACGGAGUACCCCCGAAUGGUAGUCAGAAACCGCCGAGUUUCGAUCAGCAGCCACCAUACAGAACGUAUGGGUAUAUGCCCGAUGAAAACAAAAACGGAAUGCCACCGGCGUAUACGGCUAACGCUCAAAACCAACCAAAUGGUAGUGUUGGCAAUCAACCUGCAGCUCCACCCCCUGCUACUACGAAUGAUGCAAGUACUGCAAACGGAAACCUACAACAGUGGUCCAAUUUGGCCUUCGAGUUGCCACAAAUUCCUACUGAUCUGGGAGGCAACAGCAACAACUCUAACAACAACGAUGACAACACAAGCAGCGGAGGGGGAGGAGGACAAGGGGAGGCAACAGGGACUGAGGCUCCCGCUGCGUCUCUCGACAUGGACGACUUGGAAGCCAGGCUGAACAGACUGAAGGGACUGUGAUCUAUCUUAAUCUGUUCAUGCUGAUUGACGUGAAAUCUGAUUCAUUCAUAUCUUAACUAACGGGCAAUUCGAUAUUUAUUUGGGUUUUUGUCCAAAAAUGGUUCCAAUUUCAAUCGAAUUGUCCGAUGGGCGAUAACUGAAGUUUUCAUCUUUUAAAUUUCAGAAAUGUACACUAAAAAUUACUCGUAGUUUUAGAAACUUCCCCAUGUAAAAUUGAAAUGGAAUAAUUUAUUUUU